AUGCCGAAGUACCAAGCUGUCUUCCUACCGGGUAGACCAGAUUAUGCACCUACAAUGCCAGGAACUAAUGUGGAUCAACUGCGAACCUAUCAGCUACGUGUUCGUUUUGCGGACAUAAACGACAACGGUCUUUAUCGAUGUGUUAUCGAAAUAAGUAAGUUAAAAUUGACAUGAUAUCUUCUUUAGCUGGAAAUGUAUAACUCCCUCUUCAACUUGGCUAAAACGUUCCUUAAAGUCAAUGCAGAAAAAUUUGUAUUUGAGGGAUUUUUCAAUGCGUCCUCCUACAGGAACAAACUAUCUAGGGGCUUGUGGGGUUAGAAAAUUAGUCAAACAGACGAUGAAAAUAAAGAGUUCAAGCAGCUAACAGGUAUGGGUUGAUGACUAAGAAGAGCAUCAUCUCUGAGACCAUGGUUAUCCUUGAUCAAACCAAUUAAAUAGGAGCGUUACAAUUAAACGUACAUUGAACUCGCAGUGAGGUUAGCUGUUUGGAAUUACCCGGAUGACCUAGACUGGAAACGAAUUAUUGCGUGAAGCAUGUAAAACAGUAAGAAGAGUUCGGUAACUAUUAUUUAAAAAAAACAUACAAAGGAGGCGUUCACAAACAUAUUUCAACUGUAGAAUAAAAGUGAGCACUUCCAUUUGAUCUUGGCUUUUUUAUUUUGCAAAAACACAUUCAGAGUUGAGGGAGUACGCAGUUUUAUUCGAAGAAGACAGCUUUAGCCCUCAGGUGUUGUGCAAUCACCAUCUGCUUUCGCAAAACUUUCGUUUGAGGGAACUGACUACAAAUUGUCAUUCAAAGGUCAACAUUUCGUCAUCUGCAAAUCUGCCUUAGAAAAAAUGAAAAAUCUUAAUUCUUGAUGUGUUCAAGGGGAUCUAUUUCCUUACUGACAUAAUAUUCAUAGGUUGCUUACAACCGUGGAUCCUGAAUUCUGGCAUUAGAGAUAUGCUGGAAAUCUGGCGUUUAAUUGACUACUCUCCGGUAAAUAUGCACUGUUGAUCUGAGUAACUCACGGUUUUGAUUAGAGUCAGCUUAGAUGGAUGCAGAGUCCACGAUGAGACACCGAUUUAUUUUAAGUAGAACAAUUACACGAACGACCCCGUAGUAACCCAACCAAAUAAGCAGGAAGGAAGAAACGGUCGGUAAGGUAGGACUUCAAACUCCAUCCAUUCAACCUUUUCGCGACAACAUUAAGGUAGAAUUAUUUCCAUAAAUCAUCCCAAAGCGGCCGAUUCAACGUAGUCAGGACAGCUUGAGACACGUGGAUAAGCACGCAAGUAGUAAACCAACCACAGAAAUUGGAGAAAAAUGCACUAAAAGUAUGCUUCUGCCGUAAAGCCGUUCGACUGUGUUUACGCGAUUACAAUAGAAGAGGAUCGGAGAUUUUCGAUGUCAGUUUUGUUUAGAAGCACGAUUAUGUAACAAACUCCCCAUUUUUUUGCUACCUCGCAGAGACAUUAAACAGAAAUCUCUGGCCGACAGCCUACGGAGAGAUGAUAGUCACGCAGGCACCUCUAAUUCUGCCUGGUCUGGCCUCAAAAAUAGUCGACGAAGGCGACUCCCUCACAUGGGUUUGCCGGGCCCAGGGUUCCGCCCAACUCAGAAUCAGUUGGACCCGCGCCAACGGACGCCCGCUUUCUCUUCCCGGCUCACCGCAGCGCAUUUACGUGAGUUGCAUGAAAGUUUAUCGUUAA